ACCUCAUUUCCAAAUCUCUUUCACUCUAUGAGAGAUCAACAGCAUCAGAACAGUCUGUGAGGGCAAUACUCCUAUCCAUAGAGAUAUGAAGUGUCUGCAGCUCCUGUUCCUGUGUUGGUGCUCUAGCAUCCUGGCGGUGACCACCUGUGUCAGAGUUGAUGGAUAUUCAUGUGUGAGUGACUAUUGGGACACAAUUAGUUGUGUCAUUAACAUCACGGAUAGUCCUGCAAAACAGUCCCACUACAGCCUGAAUUUCACUAACUCAGGAGGGGAGUCUUCUUGCCUACUUGUGGAGAUGAAUCACAGUUACAGCUGUGUCUGUAGAGUCACUCAGAUUCCUUUUACGGGUGAAGAUAGUUAUAGCAUUAGACUUUGUCAUGAAUCUGGCUGCUAUCUUGUGAAAGAAAUGUUUCAACCAUCACACAACAUGCAGCUGACACCCCCACCUGCAGCUAAGGUCCAGCAAACACCAGAGACUUUCAACAUUACUUGGACAAGUGGGUAUGAAAAACAUAUGUUCUUCGAAGAGUUCAAACUUGACUACCAACUCCUACUUCAAACAUCUCAAAGCAAGGAAAGCAAAAUUAUGUAUUCCAGUUUACAUGAGAAGUCAAUUCAAAGAUCAGAACUUAAACCAGAUACUACAUAUUGUAUUAAAGUGAGAUCUAAAUCUACUAACGCUGAGUAUGAUGGACAUUGGAGUAAAUGGAGUCCAUCAACAUGCUGGAAAAAUGAAGCAGGAGAAGUACAAGAUAACAUAUUAGUCAUUUUGGCCAAAUCUGUCGGCUCUGUGUGCGUGACUGUUGGAGUCCUGCUGUUUGUGUUCUACAGCCCUGCUGCAAGAAUGAAGAUAAAAACUCUGUCUCACACGCCAUCGCCAGCCCCUUUCUUCCAACCUCUUUUUCAACAACAUGAAGGCAAUCUCCAGAAAUGGCUUUCUCCUCAAGGCAAAUUUGUGCUAACAUACAAAACUGAGGAGAUCUUGACAAACGAUGCUGUGAUUAUUGUGCCGAAACCCAUUACGAAGGACACAGACGAGAACCAGGACUUCCACAACCCUUCAGUAACACAACUGCCACUCACUCAGUGCCAAACCUCCUAUGUUGGUUUACCUGCAAUACAUGAGCCCUCCAUGCCUUCAACUAUGGUCUGUCCAGGGGACAUGCCUUACACUCAGCUCCCUUGCUCUGUCUGGGGGGUUGGCUUUGGAGAAGUAGAAGUUUCCUCCUCUCCACCUAAAGAUGUCUUCAACAUCAGUCAUGCAGACUCUGGGUGCAGCUGUGAGGACCUGACCCAAAGCCUAGAGGGCAGUUUACCAAACAGUCCAGUUGAUGACAGUCCGCCACCAUGUUACUGUAAUGAUUACUGCAUUCUCAACAAAACAGCAGAGGGUUUUGCUCCUGUUUUAGUGUCCAAAGGAAUUAGCUUAAAUAUUCCGUCUGAUACUGUACAAGAGGAUAAGAGCUAGAAAUAAAAAAAUAUCCUAAUUCACAUGACUUGUGAUGCUGAUCACAAUGGCUGUAUAUUGCAUUGCAGGAAAUCGUCACAAUUAGACUUAAUGCUUGCAUGUUUACAUUGUAUGUUAUGUGUUCCAGAUAGCACUUCUUAUUUAGCCAGUGCAGCUUUUGUGGGGUUUUAUGCCUUUAGUUUCUGACAGUAUCUACAAACUAUUUGUAUUGACCUCAUUAGCUCUCUUUUUAUAAAACAUUAGACAACACAUUACCACAUACCACAUAUGACAGGCUUACACUUGACACGUUUGCCAUGUUGACCGCAGAAUGUGAUAAUGUGUAUGUGUAUCAACUGUGAUUUCGUUUUUUAAAAUGCAUAAUCAGAUGUUUUUUAUUUCUCUGUUUGUUCUUUACCUUUGCUUUUUAAUGAAGAAUAAGUACUUAUAGGGGCAUUAAGUAAUCUCUGAAUUCAAAAUUACAACAAAGUCAAAAAAGUAGCUUUGUAACUGUUUUAUUAGCUGCAGAGAGAUGCUUUUAGAUAUUUGAUGGACCAUCAUAAUUGGUGGUAUUGAUCAGUGUGUAGUAUCUGAAGGCUUAUUUGAAGGCUUAUAAAGUUAAAUUACAUUUUGGUAUAAGUUGAACUGAUGUUUUUGUCAACAUAUGCAGUGUUAGUAAGACAUGAGGUUCAACGUCGUAAUUCUUACUAGGCAGUGUUUAGGUUAGGGGCCUCUCAAUGACCUCUGACCUCUGCCUUGAAAACCCCAAUCUGGGUGAGGCCAGCUGGCAGUGCUACUAAAAUAAAUGGAAUGAGUCAAAUGCUUAGGAUAUAGGGUUAUUUUCCCAAGGGGAUGAAUAAAAAACAAUCUCAGUA